GGGAAAAUUCAGACCUGGUCGCCAAUGGCUGAAAAUCGCUCAACCCAAUGCUACUGGAAGGUCCGUGACCAGGUGUUGGGGUUGGCAGUGGGCACUAGGCAGAGCACUUUUCGAAGUUGAUAAUGCCGGAUGGCUUUUUGUUGAUUGAGGGCAUUGCAAGCCUUCUGCCAAUGCUACCUUGGUGUGCUUUAUCUACUGCAGCAUACCAGGCUGCAUGCUCCGUCUGCAAUGACUCCCUGUCUCAAUGCAAUCCCACCACCUUCAGAAUUUCAGUGAAGCAAAAUUGCUGCUCAGCGGCCAUUGUCCUCCGAGGUGUGGACGAAGAUAUGGCGAAGAUUCGUGUACUACUUGUCUCAUCGGUUGUGGUGUGUUGUGAUCCCGCACCCUCAUGGCGAGAGAUAAGCCGUCUCUAGAAAUCCGAGGGAUGAGACUAGCUCGGCCACCGCGCCCAAGCUAGAGGCCCACAUCUCGACUAAACGCCUUCCAGAUUAUGCUAAUUUGUUCCAUUGGUGGAGACCUGGCUGAAGACUGUCCCUUGGGUAACCGCCGUCACGAAAGUCUUAUUGAGGCUGUCACGGUGUCCGACCCAGCGUCUGCGAGCUGCUUUGGUAUACCGGUCCAAUGCGGAUACUCCUCGGCUUGUCUGAAGAUUGAAAGUGGAUUGUAAUCAAGACUGUGGCCGAGGUGACUCAGAGCUUAGGAAGAUUUUGUUGGCUUGUGAUUGAGUGUACAGUAGUUGGAAGGUAUGCUUUUUUCCCCUGGUAGCUUUCCUGAGGUGUUAGCAACCGGCAGGGCAGGUCUCUGUGUAGCCUUGUAGAAGUAAUUUCGAUAGCGACUGGGGGGGAAUAAAAAAGAUCUGUGAAUGAAGCAGUCUGGUCUGUCACGGGCUUAUGC